GUACGUAUUAUUUAAGAGCUUGUUGUACUUAAUAUUUUUAUCCAGCAUGCCAUUUUUCUAACUGUUCGCAAAGCACUGACAUUUAUUUAAUAAUUAAUUUAAUUUCUUCAAGAAAUACAUUGUUUUUGGGUAUAAACAUGCCACCAAAUUCGCUUAAAUUUCAAUUAUUUUGCACCGUUAUCUUUCUGCUGAAAUGUCAACAAUCUGAAAGUUUGGAAACAAACCCUCUUCAACAAUUUAGUGUUUUUUCCAUUCCGUCGGAGGAAAAAUUCAUCGCCAACAACGUCGAAGAUGAAGAAAUAUCGCCUCAACAAGACUUCAAAUCCUUCGGUCAAAGUCAAACCAUUGAUGUGGAAAUUCAGAUUCAUGACGUAAAUGGAGAUGGCACUACUGAACGAGGAUCCGAUAAUACAAUUGCUCCUUUUAAUUCUGCGGCUGUAACGCCUUCCAGAGGAGUCAGAAUUUCGCCACGAGGUAGAUCAGGAGUUGUUUCUGGAAACGAUUGGAAAAUCACUGAACGGGAAGCACAGUACCCAAUUACGUGGGAUGAGGCGUAUGGGCAAAGUGUGAAAAGGGCCGUCGUUCGGUCACAGCCUGGUAACGGUGUUACAAAUCGUCGAAAUAUUGUACGGCUACAACCAAUUGUCCCAAAAUCCCCGUCCCCACCGCCUCAUGAACAAGUUGCGAAAAUGGCGAGAUUCAUUGUACACAACUCCAAUUGGACUUCAAUGGCAACAAUCUCAACGCGAACCCCAAUCAUUGGAUUUCCGUUUGCGAAUAUUUUCUCUGUGAGUGAUGGAACGGUCUCAAAAUCAUCCGGAAGUCCAUAUUUGUACAUGACUCCAUUGGAUGUUUCAGUUAUUGAUUUAAAAGAAAACACAAAAAGUUCUCUUACCAUGUCAUUAGCUCAAGGAGAUUACUGCAAAAGUCAUAGUUUUGACCCAGAGGAUCCGAGAUGUGCACAUGUGAUUUUGACUGGAAGCAUUAUUAAGCUUAAAAAUUCAACAAGCGAAGCAGAUUUUGCGAAAGAAGCUCUUUUCAGUCGACACCCAAACAUGGAAAACUGGCCCAAAGAUCAUGGGUGGUUUUUUGCUAAGUUGGAAAUUGCUCAUAUUUUAGUCCUGGAUUACUUUGGAGGUGCUAAAUCUGUGACACCCGAGGAAUACUUUGCUGUCGAAAUAUAAAUGAAUAUUGUUGUCCUUUCUAAAAAAUAUACUUUAUUAUGUAUUGAAAUAUAUGCUUUCUUAAAUGUUAAAUUAAAUCGCUCAUAAAAUAAAUGAGACUCGCUAUCUUCUAUGCUACUCAA